AAGUAGUGUGGUGGGCGGUGCCGUGCGUCACCGGAACAGGAAGUAAAUGAAUGAAACAACGGUAAUAUGUAACCUGUAACACCCCCGUGCAGCUCGCGAGAGGUCAACGUGAACGCUCCUGUAAAAUGGGACGGUUUGGUGUCUGUCUCCUCCGCCACGUCUCCUCCCUUCCCUCCUCAUUCACUUGUCCUCCAGUCCCCCGGACACGCUGCCUGCAUCCAAGGGUGUUCACCGGGUCCUUCCCUUGUUACCGGCGCACCACCGUCCCGGGUCUCAGCUGCCAGCACAGGAGAGACCUGGGCACAGCCGCCCCCCAGCACAUACAGGACCUGAGUGGGCCUGAGCAGAGACUGUUGAAUAAGCUGUAUGAUGGACUGGUCGGGGGACAGCGGGCGUCUUUGGCAGAGUCCAUCACCCUGGUGGAGACGCAGCACCCCAGGAAAAAGGAGCUGGCCCAGGUGCUGCUGCAGAGAGUGCUGGCUUACAGGAGGGAGCAGGAGGCUCGUAAUGGAGGGAAGCCGGUGGCCUUCAGAGUAGGUCUGUCCGGUCCCCCUGGAGCAGGGAAGUCGUCCUUCAUCGAGGUGGUGGGAAAGAUGUUGACGGGACGUGGACAUAAAGUGGCAGUUCUGGCUGUCGACCCGUCUUCGUGCACUACAGGAGGGUCCCUGAUGGGUGAUAAGACCCGUAUGACUGAGCUCUCAAGAGACAUGAACGCUUUUAUCAGGCCGUCGCCGACCUCAGGGACACUUGGCGGUGUCACAAGAACGACCAAUGAGGCCGUGGUUCUCUGUGAGGGGGCGGGAUACGACGUCGUCCUCGUAGAGACAGUAGGUGUUGGCCAGUCAGAGUUUGCAGUGGCGGACAUGGUGGACAUGUUUGUGCUGCUGAUUCCACCAGCAGGGGGCGAUGAACUCCAGGGUAUCAAGAGGGGCAUCAUUGAGAGGGCCGACCUGGUGGUGGUGACGAAGUCGGACGGAGACCUGGUGGUGCCGGCCAGGAGGAUCCAGACUGAAUACACCAGCGCACUCAAGCUCCUCCGGAGAAGCUCCAAGUCCUGGAACCCCAAGGUGGUGCGUGCCUCCUCACACACCUUCGACGGAAUCCCGGAGGUCUGGGCCAAGAUGGAGUCGUACCGGGACGCCAUGCUGGCCAGCGGGGAGCUGCAGGGCAGACGGACGGCCCAGCAGAAGGUCUGGAUGUGGAGCCUGAUCCAGGAGAGCGUCGUCAGACAUUUCCAGAACCACCCCAGUGUCAGGGGGGCUCUGCCCCACCUCGAGGAGAAGGUCACCAAGGGAGUCAUCUCUCCAGGCCUGGCCGCCGACCUGCUCCUCAAAGCCUUCUCCUCGUCAGCGUCUUUGUAGUAAUCACCGGGACCGGCCUUUUACGAGACGGACGAGUGCCUCGUGGCUGAUCAGGGCCACUCAGUGACAAGAAAAGCGGAGCAUCCGUGACCUUGACUCUUGGGGGUUUGCACAAAAAAAGAAGCUGCCUUGCUCUUUUUAUACUUCAUUUCAGAUUCAAGAUACCUGAGGUUUAAGUCAGCACUGUGCAGAGACUUCACUUUCUCAAUGCUUUAAUUCAAAAUCACAAGAGCUGGGGGAGUAGUGCUGACAGUCGCCACUUCUCAUCCAAGGCUCCGGGACACGUUCACAUUUGGCCGAAUGAAACGUUUCAUUUGUGCUGCGAGAUCUGAAAUAUUACACUAACAAUGACAGCCAUGAACGGCUUUAAUGAGAUGUGAAAAGGUCAUGUUGUUGCAAUCGGAGAGUAGUUUGUACAAAACCCCUUCACAUGUACGGAUGGGGUCAUUAAAGCGUGAAGCCGUGACUUGUUUGUGCCACAGUUUGAACUGCGAUAAGUUAUUUUCUCUGGCGCUCUCGUUCACCUUUCCUCAAUAACACACACCCUUUGUGACCCAGAGAGAAACAUGUUAAUGAGGAUCAGGCGUGGGGAAAUGGAAUUUGUUAUCAUCGCUUCUUUCUGCGGUUGGACCGCCGUAGCCUUUCUAAUAACAAAAUUCCUCCUGAAUACAAACAGGAGUUUAAAAAUGAUUUUUUUAAAUUCAGUGUUUUGUUUCUGGGUGAAUCAUAUUAAAGAAUGAAUCUAAGUGAAA